GAAUACCCUUCGAGUCCUCUUUUACACAUCUAGAUAGAUGCGAUGACAAACAACUCGGAGAUUCAUGCAGGUGGCCGUCGCGCAAAUAUGCGGUUGCUACAUCCCAAGGGACCUUGCAUGUUGGAAAGCAUCGUGCCGAUUUCUAUACAUCUUGGAACUGGGAGGAGAGAAGAUACAAUGCACCGAUCCAGAAUCGAUAUCAAUCCUAUGUCCAAAACGAAACUUGACAAAUUUGUUCUGAUGUACGUAUCAAAAAUCAUCGUUGUCUCAACUCUGGCUUCGGUUCUCGUCCGUCAAAUGCCGGCACUCGUGACGAUGCAGCCCGGGCCACCCCUAGUACUGCGAUUGCAAUCAACAAGAUAUGAAGAUCAGAGGCUGUACCGGCCGCAGCACAGGCAAAUAAAGUGGCUGAUGGAUGGAGAGAUAUUGGAAAUGGAAAUUUAAAUGCAAAAUAUGCUCCAUUACGACAAGGCUCUUCUGUCUCUUCUAUGUACCCACUCUUGACGAGCAGGUAUAUGAACAGUGAGGACCAUUUGCAAUUGUGGAAACCUAGUGUGACAGCAUUCCACGAUAGUCGCCUGCAACCGUGCUAUCUUCA